AUGGAACCUUUGCAUCUGGACGUUCCAACCACCCAUCACGUAUAUGAAGGGUCGCACGGCGAGAGGUACAGCCCGCCCAUUUCAGGCUCCGUUCUGGUGCCAGUAUCCUUGUUGGACUUUGAGCAGGCGGAGUAUCCCAACGUGACUGUUAGUCUGCUUCGAACUGUGACUUUGCGAGACAAUGAGCUGGCAUCCAAUAGCCAAAACGACAACAAAAAGGGCGAUUUCCUUCAGCGGAUCCGCAGGAAACGUGUACCUCAAACCCAGACUAUCACCACUCAACAAAAGGAGGGAAGCAGUACGGUAGAGGCACUGGUGCAGUGCACGACAGAGACUCCGUUUGGAGGGUUGUCAUAUGCUGUGCGCGCUGCGGCCACUUUCCCAUCUGGAGUGGCAGUGGACGCGACCAAGGACGUGCAAAUCCUCUCCCAGAUCGUGACUGGCCCUAGCCAGACUGUUCGGCAUUUUAAAAAAUAUACUGGCGAGCGGUUGCAGUCGGAGUUGUCUCUGACCCCGGAGCAACCCACCGAUCCCAAAGCUAAGCUCGCAUACUCUGCGAAGCUGGUCGCCCGUGGCACUACGGCGCGGGGUGCUCGUCCAACGGAAAGGAAGCAGUUCUUUGUUCGAGAGGUCCAAUGGAGUGUUGAAGAGACGGUGAAGUUAAUGAAAGUCUCCGGCGGUGAGAAUCCUGACGGAGAGAGCAUCACUUGGAAGGAGCAAUCCGUGCGUCAGCUGUGCUCGGGAAAGCAACAGGGUCGCUGGGCUCCGAAUAAGAAACUAUCGGCCCAGCAGCGAAAGCUCCACGAAGAUCAUGACCGAAUUGACGUACAAUUUAAUAUAACUAUCCCCAGAAGUGCAUCCACCGCUGAUCGACCGGAUCUUUCUUCAUGCACCUUCGACUCUGGAAAGCCAUGUCGACACGUAACCCCUUGCAAGUUUAACGAGGAGUGCGCUGAGUCCAGAGGCGAGAGAACAACCAUCAUGGUUGAUCACCGGUUGAGGGUUCAUCUCAUCGCUGGAGAAGACACCCUUGACGACAAGACAGGAGAUCUCAUCAACCGACGGCAGUUUGCGAAAGCAUUCACCACGUGCUAUACACUCCCGAUUCAUGAAGUGGCUGGCCGAAAUGCCAUCCCGGAGGGCACCUUCCACGGCAACAGCGCUCCUCCAUUAUACGAAGGAGAAUCUGCUAUGCCUCCUGCAUAUGACUUUGAUGCACAAUACACACCCCCUUGUUAUGUUUAA